UCGUAAUUUAGCAGAGCUCGCAUUUGCCAUCGAUUUGCAAUGUCGGACGGGGAGGUGUCCAGCCCGGCGUCGUCCGGGGCCUCGUCCUCGCUGCCGCAGUCGCCAGCUGAGGCAGGGCCCCGGCGCAGCCGCCGGGGAGGCGAGAAGCGAGCGCGCGACGGCGGGAGCCACCCGUCGUUCCGCGGCGUGCGGAUGCGGGCGUGGGGGAAGUGGGUGUCGGAGAUCCGGGAGCCGCGCAAGAAGUCGCGCAUCUGGCUCGGCACGUUCCCGACGCCCGAGAUGGCGGCGCGCGCGCACGACGCCGCCGCGCUCGUCGUGAAAGGCCCCGCCGCCGUGCUCAACUUCCCGGAGAUGGCCGCCGCGCUCCCGCGCCCGGCCUCCGCCGCGCCGCGCGACGUCCAGGCGGCGGCGGCGCGCGCUGCCGCCAUGGAACCGCCUCCGAUCCCGGGCGCCUCUGCCGCGGCCGGUGCCGCAUUGCCCGCCUCCGCGCCGGCGCCCCCGGCGGCGGGGCAGCAGGAGGACGACGAGCUUGAGGCGAUCGUCGAGCUCCCGCCGCUCGACGAGGACGCCGCCGAGCUCGUGACGCUCGGCGCCACGUCGUUCUCGUUCCACGACGCUGCGCAGGCGUCUUGGUGCCUCCCGGAGUGGAUCGACGACGGCGCUGGCUACAUGGCGGCGGCGCACGACGAGCUGUUCGGACUCGGCGGGCCGGACGGCGACCACGGCUGGGGCCAAUCGGUUGGUGCCCUCCUGUGGAACUUGUAAUAAUUUCUGGUCGGUCUGCUAAUCAACUACUAGUGUGUAAUUAACUCCUGUCAAUCUCUUCUCCUUAUAAUUUCUUCUUCUCUUUCUUCUGAAUGAUCUGUAAAUAGGGAGUUGCAUGCAACAUCCAACAUGCUGCUGUAAUUUCAGAAAAAAAGUUGGAACUUGCUAUUACUUCAAAAAAUAAGUUGCAACUUGCUGCUGGGGUUGAAUAGCUGUGUGAUCUUUCGGCGUCUCUUUCAUUGCCUUUUUGGUCGGUUUGGAA